AUGGUGCGCCCACGCACGCGGGGCCGCACCCCCAUCGCCAUAAUCCUCGUGUUACUGGGCUACAUCUGUUACCUACACUGGACUGAAUCCUCCAUCACCACCAGCAGCUCCCCCGUGAACUCCCUGGCAGACAUCCAGAUCACCACCGAGACGAAGGGAUGGGCGAAAGCGGGACUGCCGGAAAUCUCGAUCUAUCAGCGCCCACUGCUCCCCGUGCCGAAGGAGAAGAUGAGGGUCGUCGUAGCGACAAUGACGACAGGGCAGACCACAUACGAUUACAUCUCUCUGUCCAACAAAAUCGGCUACGUAAAUAAGCAUAAUUACGCGAUCAAAGUCGACUUCGCCCUCCCCAAGGAUUUUGUCCCACUGCCGUUCUGGCACAAGCUGGACAUGUUCGAGUACCUGGUCCGCACCGGCGACUACGACUGGAUCUGGUGGGUGGACUUCGACACCGUCAUCACCAAUACCACCAUCAAGAUCGAAGACAUCAUUGCCGAUGCACUGCGCGACGAGAAGAACCCCGAUAACAUCGACCUGCUUCUCACCUCUGACUGCUGGCCACUAAACGCCGGCUCGAUGCUCCUGCGCGCCACUCCACGGCUGCUCCCGUUCCUCUCCUCCGUGUGGAAGUGCGGGGACGCGCCGAAGGAGCCGAGCGAGCAAGACUGCAUCCGGGACAUACUCAAUUCGUCACCGCAGGAGCGUUCGCGCGCAAAGUGGAUCGCGCAGAAGAAGAUGAACUCGUUUCCCGAAGAGAUCGGCUGCUACGAUAGCAACAACCUCCCUUGGAGCCCUGGCGACUUCGUGAUCCAUUUCGCGGGCGCCUGGGCUCAUCUCAAGGGAAAGGCAAAGAGGGAUCCCUAUGGCGUCAUGAUGCGGAAGUUUCAUGAGUGGGUCGAUAAGACAGAGCUGUCGGGUACGGAGAGGUACCAGGUCCUCGGCGAGGGACCGGAUGACAAGGGUCGGGAUGAGAAUGUGGUAACCGUGACGGUGACGGAGACGGUAUCGAAUAGUGCGCCGACGGCGGGGGCUUAG